UGUAUUCAGAUGCGUUCAGAAGAAAUCAAACCAUCUAAGGGUAAUAGAACUGAGUUGAAAAGAACGUAUCUAAGUAUUCCCGGCCGGGUGACGCCUUGCGGCUCGGGCCGAACUUCAGCCACCUCGGCGAGGUAGUUUCAUCGAGACGAUCAGGCAACCAAAGGCAUCCAAAGGCAACCAAAGGCGCCCACAAAACCCACUGCAAAGCCUCAAGAAGAGGAGCAAUGCCGCCUUUAGUCCUUACUUUUGUACCGUCAGUCCACAAUUCGUUGCUUCUCAUGUAAACCACCAAUCAAAAGACCUAAAGCGCGGACUAAGUAAAAGCUUGCCGUUGUGUUCGUGCACUCCUCUGAUCAAGUCAACAGUAUAAGUAGGUAGCUAUGGUUGCUCGCUGUCUUCAUCUCUCUACACAGAAAACCACAGAUAUACACCUUCAUAGUUAGCACCUGUCAGCACAAUGGUCCAACUCCUCCCUUACGUUGCCUCUCUCCUAGCCCUCGGCCAGGCCGUUGUUGCUGCCAAGGCAGUUACAUCCUUUUCCGAAUGGGUUGAUGGUAUCCUUGAGAAUCCCGAUGGUGAAAACAUGACACCCGAGGAGGUCGUCGUUGCCUUCAAGAGUGGACAAUUCAAUUCUUCACCGUCAGCCAAGUUCAGUCGUAGCUUGUACGAGAAGCGCGCUACCUGCUAUGAGAGCGCGAACACAGAUUGCCUUAUCACAGAUGCUGUUGCAUGCAUCAACACCGUCGCCCGCAAGACCAACUGCCGCAACGUCUAUCUGCAAUGCCAGAUCAACACGGCCGCAUUGACGACCGACGGUAACAAAGACUCUUCCUGCAAUGACGUUGCUCGUGGCGCAGGAUUUAUCUUGGAUGCUUGCGUUGUUUCAGGUAGUGAUAGGGUGCAAGGGUCGGAAUUCGCAUACGGAAAUGGAGCAGAGCUGGUGCGACUUCGGAGACCUUGAUUACAAGCAGUGAAUAUCUUAAGAAUGUAAUUUGCUAUCUUGUUGGAUAAAGAGCAUACAAUGUGUCUCUACGAGUGACACCAACAUUGUGUCAGAUUUAGAUAUGAGAGGCACGGCGUUCUUCAAUGGCACCAUCUAAACUCCUAGGC